CCACCGCUCCUCACGUCCUGGCGCGGAGAGGAACCCUGUCUCUCUCUCUGCCUGCCUGUCUGUCUGUCUGCCUGUCUCUCUGCCUGCCUGUCUCUCUCUCUCUCUUGUGGGCCGGGUCAUGAGACUCCAGGGGUGGCUCUCCCUCAGAAACCUCGCCGCUGGCUCUCUCUCUCCAGCACCCAGCGGGCGGGCGGCUCUCGGUAACCGGGGACACGUGUGUGGGUUCGGUCAGUCCGCCGCGACCAUGGCAGAGGAGGCGAAGAAGCUGGCCGCGUACGCCGCUGUGGACAACCACGUCCAGAACAACCAGGUGGUUGGAGUGGGCAGCGGGUCGACCAUCGUGUAUGCUGUAGACAGAUUAGCUGAGAGAGUGCGUCAGGAGAAACUCAACAUUGUGUGCGUGCCCACCUCCUUCCAGGCCCGUCAGCUGAUUCUGCAGCACGGCCUCACGCUGUCGGAUCUGGACAGGCACCCAGAGCUGGAUGUGGCGAUUGACGGAGCAGACGAGGUGGACGCAGCUCUCACGCUGAUAAAAGGUGGAGGCGGCUGCCUGACUCAGGAGAAGAUCGUAGCCGGCUGUGCGAAGCAUUUUGUUGUCAUUGCCGACUACAGGAAAGACUCCAAGGCUCUGGGCCAGCAGUGGAAGAAGGGAGUUCCCAUUGAGGUGAUCCCCAUGGCGUACGUUCCCGUCUCCAGGACGAUCGCCAGGCGCUUCGGAGGGGAGGCCAACUUACGGAUGGCUGUCAGUAAAGCCGGUCCUGUGGUCACCGACAACAGCAACUUCAUUCUGGACUGGAAGUUUGAGCAAGCUCAGAACUGGAAAGAAGUCAACACCGCAAUCAAGAUGAUUCCAGGUGUGGUGGAGACGGGGCUUUUCGUCGGCAUGGCCGAACGAGCCUACUUCGGGAUGGAGGAUGGAAGCGUGCAGGUUCGGGAUCCUCCAGUCAACUAGGGAGUUACGCCACGAUCGCCGUCUCUCGCCUCCUCUCCGAAUGACCUCACCCUCUCCCGCAAGUGCCGUGUUGAUGAUUUACACCCGGUCUCAGACUGUGUUUGGACAGAACUGUAGCAGGGAAGUUUUCACACAUCUCAAAACCAGAUCCAACUCAGGAUCUCUUGGUUUUUCUCAUCCUGCAGGCGGUGCUUCUGAUUCUGCGAGUUUUAAAGUGCCUGAUGAGCAAAAUCAGUUGCAUCUGAUAUACAGUUUUUUUUUUUUUUGUUCAGGCUGUUAUUGUUGAGUUUGGCUGCCUGGUCUCACUGGGAAUGUUUCUCUUCCUGUAAUUAGUGACUUUGACUGAUUGUCUGCAGUGCUGUGGUUCUCAACCAGUGUCCUGAAUCACUGCAGUGCUACAGAAUGAAACUAAGGUGUGCCUUGAGAUUUAAUUUUAAGCCCCAUUAAGAGAAAUGACGCCAUUAAAGUUACAUUUAGAAAGCUCAUAAUCAUACGUCAAACUAUUGUCGUCUGCUAGCCUGCUGCAAAACGUCCACCAGUCAAGACAUCAGAAAAGUGAUAUGCCUUCAAGUCUUUUUGUUUAAUUAAAUCACAGAAGGGGGAGUGAUACGAACUGUAUACUACAACAUGAAGUGUUUUUUUUUCUUCAGGAAAUUAAUUUCUCUAAUUAAUAUGCUAAUUUAAACAGAAAAAGGCAGAAAAUUAAUGAGAUCGUUGACGAUUUAGGGAAACCCUGUGGUGCUGGUAUGAAGCUUCCAUUAUUUGGUUAUUGUAGUAAGAAGACACGUGACACUGAUGAUACAGUGUGCGUCUGUGUGGUAUACAGUGCAGAGGUGGGCUGUAAUAAAUAUAAUGUGGUAAUUCUGCCGGCAUUUACUCAGACGUGUCGACACCUGCUUUGAAAAAUACAACUAGGGACAAAAACAGAGGACUGUAGACAGGAAGCGUGCAGAAUGUACCAGCGGGUAGUGUUAGCUCUGCCAGCUCAAGGUUUGAGAAGCAUCGAAUAUAAGGACAAGGUGAAAGCGUCACUGUGAGGCAGCGGCAGCUUCACCUUUCUUUGUGCGCCUCGGUGUAACUGAAGCUCCUCGUUUUCUGCUCCGUUGUCACCUUGCGUGUCCUUCAGCUGCUCUCUUUGUAUCGGUUCGUGUCAACACAGUGAUAAAUCAUCUCAACUGUUCAGCUGCACUGUGCCAUCAAAUCUACAUCCUCCUUACUAGGAAUGACUCUUUUUGUUGAAUGGUUUAGAACAACUGCACAGGUUACAGGUAUACAAUUUCAGGAUCUUAAACUGGAAAUGACUCCUUUCUGUCACAUGUGAUUCCUUUUUUUUAAAGCCACAGUUCGCAGAGCUGUCUUGAAUAUUUCUGAUGUAGUUUUACAUUUGUUUAUUUCACUGUUCAGUGGGGUACAAACUCAUGAAGUGGAAGUUCUCGUGUAAUUCUCUUGGACUGUUGUAUUUUUCUUGCAUCAUCUGAUUUCCUGCUCUGAGUGAAGACAGUGGAAAUGUUUGUGGUUCCUCUGUUUCAACAGCAGUUUCGGGGGGGGGGUUAAAGUCCGCAGCCUCUCACUGUUGUCCAACAAACAAACCACUGAAUGUGUGUUCUUUCAUGCAUGUACCUCCUUCCACCGUGUUUGUGCCUGUAACUUGCAUGACAAUGUCUCAUUCCUCACACGAGCCAUCUGCUCACAGAGAGUCUUGUGGCAUAAACUUAAAUCCCAAUGGUUAUAGAGAGACGUGGAGGACGUCCUGAGGUAAUAGUGACGGACAGUUGCCUCUUUAAAAUUGUCACAGUUAAUGGUGAACUGAUGUAGCUCAAAUCUGAUUUGAUGUGCCUUGGUACGCCAAAGCAAUAGAAACACCUUUUCUUAUUAAGAUGUAGCAGAAUGAAUUGGUUAUGUAGCUGAUCAUAUUGUUGGAGCAACACUGCAACAAACUGCACCAUUAAAGACAUUUUAGUAUAUAAAAAUCUGAGAAAUGCAGUAGUUAAAGACAAAAGCUGAAUCACAAACGUGCAACUUCAAAGGCGCUCUGUAAGAUCUUAUGCUCAGUGUGCAGCAGAUAUCAGGGAGAUAAUGUUUCUCAACUCUACAGCACACUACUCUUCUUGAAUUGUCUAAAAAUACUUUUUUUUUUGUCCAAAACACUCAUUGUUCCUUCUCAGAUUUCAAAUUGUUAGGUUGUCUUUCUUCACACUGAGGACAAGUUCCCUCACUGUCCAGAACAACCAUCAUUUGUGUGAUUGUAUGAUUAAUGUCUUUAAUGUCACUCUGCUUUCGGCUCACGAUGCCUUACACUCUGGUUUGUUUUUAUAUGUACGGCUCCGACAGGCUCAGGAGAACAUCAGUACUGGGAGAUUUAUGCAGUCUGCUGACACGUUAGUCCACAAGCCACUGUUCUUAGGUACGGGCAGACUCCGUGGUCGCAGUGGCGUGUGGACAACGUGAAAGUGAACGGCGUAUAUGUAUCCCAGUUUGGGUCCAAUACAAGUUGUACACCAUGUUGGGUAUUUUUGCACCAGCAGUUCUUUUAUUGCUUUCCUUACCAGUUGACUGUGAUAAUGAUUUUGCUGUGAAGGUACUAUUUUCUCUGUCAAACAAUACAGGACCAAAAUGAUAA